AUGAGUGCCGGCUCGAAUUCGCAACCGGGUAGUCUCUACCCAUAUUAUCCAAGUCAUGCCCUUCCGGCCGUUUUUGCGACCUUGAUUGGCAUAUCAUUGCUCAUACACGUCUACCAGAACUUUCGUUAUAGGUUCUGGAGUACCACGUUCUGGAUGUCAUGGGGUGGUGCAGUGUUCACCGUCGGUUGGAUAGCAAGAUGUAUCUCCAGCUAUCAUACAUCAAACGUGAAUCUAUACAUCGUCCAAACCGUAUUCGUCUACGCGGGACCGCCUAUCUACUCUGCAACAGCGUACAACAUCAUCGGUCGACUACUGCAUUACUUACCUAUGCAUGCUCCGCUUCACCCAGGCCGCGCCACCAUUUUCUUCAUCUACUUGGGUGCAGCUGUGGAGUCCCUAACCGCCGCGGGCGCUGCUCGCAUGGCUACGAAUACAGACAACUUGUCUGUGUACAAAAGUGGCGGAACACUCAUCUCGACGGCACUUCUUUUGCAGGGGGUCAUCGAGGCCAUGGUGGUCUGCGUUGUUAGUCUGGUGCAUUAUCGUGCCACUCAUGCCUCCCAUCCCCCACCACCCAAUGUGCGACGCCUCUGUAUUACGUUGUACGGUACAUCGUUCUUGAUCAUCUUCCGCUGUAUCUGCCGGGCUAUCGAGUCUUUCACCCUAUACACUCAAAUUGAGAGUUGCUUCCAAGGGCAUUGCAGCCCCAUCAUCACGCAUGAAUGGUUUCUCUACAGCUUUGAGGCUGCACCUAUGGUCCUAUUCACCUACUGGCUUAAUAUCAUGCAUCCCGGUCGACUACUUCCUCGGCAAAAGACUCGUUAUCUGGACCUGGACUGCCAAACGGAGCGAUUGGGUCCAGGUUGGAUUGAUAAGCGAUCGAAAGUCCAGACUGUCAUUGACCCAUUUGAUUUGUCGGGUAUGAUUGCUGGGAAGCCGAAUCAUGAGGCCUUUUGGUUGUGGCCGGAGAAGUAUCCUGCUGCUACUGAUGGGAGUUUUGCUCUGGGCACGGCAUCGAAUGUGCGGAACUCGGGGUCCAAGGCAGCCGAGAAACCUACAAGUGCACAUGAGAUGUUGCUAACCCGAUCAGCUUAG